UUUUCGCGGGAGGUAGCUGUCACAAUGCAGGCUUUUCUAAAAGGAGGAACAUCUAUCAGCACCAAGCCUGUGAAAGAUAAAGCAUCUGCAUCUGGCACAGGGAGCACCGGGGAAAGCAAAAAACAGAAGCCUGUUCCAUGGGUGGAAAAAUACCGACCCAAAUGUGUAGAUGAGGUUGCCUUUCAAGAAGAAGUUGUUGCUGUACUAAAAAAAUCACUGGAAGGUGCAGAUCUCCCAAACCUAUUAUUUUAUGGCCCACCUGGCACUGGAAAAACAUCAACAAUUUUGGCAGCAUCCAGGGAACUCUAUGGGCCUGAAUUGUUUCGCCAGCGAGUUUUGGAGCUGAAUGCAUCUGAUGAAAGGGGGAUACAAGUGGUACGGGAAAAAGUUAAAAAUUUUGCUCAGCUCACAGUUGGAGGGACACGUUCUGAUGGUAAACCUUGUCCCCCUUUUAAGAUUGUAAUUUUGGAUGAAGCAGAUUCCAUGACAUCAGCUGCACAGGCUGCCCUCAGGCGCACCAUGGAAAAGGAGUCCAAAACAACUCGGUUUUGUCUCAUAUGCAAUUACGUCAGCAGAAUAAUUGAACCUUUAACAUCUCGAUGUUCAAAAUUUCGUUUCAAACCCCUGGCUGAUAAAAUACAGACUCAGCGACUACUGAGUAUUUGUGAAAAAGAAAAUGUGAAAAUUACAAAUGAGGCAAUAAGUUGUUUGGUUGAAGUGUCUGAAGGAGACUUGCGAAAAGCCAUAACAUUCCUUCAGAGUGCUACAAGGUUAACUGGAGGAAAGGAAAUAACAGAGGAAAUAGUGACAGAAAUAGCUGGGGUAGUCCCUAAAGAAACACUUGAUUGUGUAUUAGUGGCCUGUCAGAGUGGUUCUUUUGAGAAGCUGGAAACUGUUGUCAAAAAUCUGAUAAACAAUGGACAUGCAGCCACACAGCUUGUAAACCAGCUCCAUGAUGUUAUAUUAGAGAGAGGGGACCUUACAGACAAGCAGAAAGCAUUUAUUACAGAAAAACUUGCAGAAGUUGACAAAUGUUUGGCAGAUGGAGCCGAUGAAUACCUGCAAAUGCUGGGUCUUUUCGCAGUUGUAAUGCAACAAAUGACUUAAAAUAGCUAAUAAUAAUUUUUCUGGUUAAUGACAACAGAGGUCUGAAAUCUUUUGUAAUGCUUCUAAUAAAUUUGUAUAAAAUAUGUACCA